AGAUGGAUACGUUCUGCGCAUGCUCACAUUUUUACCAGUAUCAGAACCGAGUAGUUCUAAAACAGCCAUAUAACUGUGUGUUCUGAGCCGGCGUGGUGCAUGCUUGUGGCAUGUAUGAAUGACCGCAUGUUAGAGGAACCCUUCGCCGUCCAUGACUUUCAGAGAGCAGUAGCCGCCGCCUCCGGAGGACAGAAAACGGACUAUGUCGACUCAUAAAACAAAGAAGGUCAAAAUGGCUACUAAAUCCUGUCCUGAAUGCGACCAACAGAUCCCGGUAGCCUGCAAGUCCUGCCCGUGUGGUUAUGUGUUUAUCAGCAGGAAGCUUCUCAAUGCCAAGUUAAAUGAGUGCUCCUCGCCAGCCAUAGCAGACAUGCUGAACUUUAAGCGAAGAAGAACAGAGCGUAUUCGUAAAGAGAGGAUUGACUCCCCAUUAACCAGUGACAUGGAGAACCGGAGAAGACCCCGAACCAACAGCCAAUCAGAUACCAUCCGGAGGGGGCGGGGCAGACCAAAAACAGUGGGGCUGAAGAAACAGGAAGAAGAGAAAGAGAAACAAGAGAAGGAGGUGGAUAUUUACGCUGGUCUUUCUGAUGAGAAGGCUUUUGUGUUUUCUGUGGCCUUGGCUGAGAUCAACCGCAAGAUCCUGGGUCAGACACUCAUCUUAUAGAUCCAAGCCUUAACAACUGGAUAUAACUAGUAGGAGGAUGACCAAAGAUGGCCGAACACGCUGGAGCUGAACUUUGAUGUGCGUGUCCUUCACUUUAUUGCAGGAAACAAAAUGACGUCACGUUAGGCAUCAUGCACAUAUGUGCUGCAUAAAUGCUGAGUUUUUGGGACAGAAUGAUCUAUUACUCUGGUUUGUGUGUUUUACAGGUUUACAUUGUUGAGAUAAACAUGAAAAACGUCAUCUUCUGCCUGUUUUGUCAACAGUACUCCCGGCUAUACUGUAUUCGAAAGCUUUCUUAUUUUAAAUGGAUUUAGUUUAGAAGGACGAAAUAAUAAAGGAAUUCAUUUUGGAAAUAAAUGUGACCAUUUUGUGCUGCAAUGAUUUUAAACUUCAUCCAUUUAUAAUGUAUUCCCAGUAGAAUAUAAGCAACAUAUGAAAUGAUGAAACUAAGACAUUUUACCAUGUGAAAAUAUGAGGGCGGAAUCAGGGAAUCUGACUUUCAUGUAACAGCAAUAUGUUUUCUAGCCACUCCCCGAGCUAUAUCAAGGUUGUUUUUUUGGGGGGUAUUUGUCUAAAAGUACAAAAAUUUUCAUAAAAUAUCCAGUUAAAGUUCAGGAUGUAGAGGUAUUGAAA